CGAGAAUCAUGAGCGCCGGCGGCGAUCGCCGCCCCGUCCCUCUGCCUCGAGCAGCAGCUAAGGUUGGAAAGCCCAAGUACCCUACAGGAGGCCACCUGUCUCGAGGUGCAGCAUGUGAAAACAACUCAGUGCUUAGAGAGGAUGCAAAGAAUAAUGAACUGCAUGCUGCUUUUAAGAAUGACCAAAUGAAACUACAGGAGGAAAAUAUAAGAAUAAAGAAUGAAUUAGAAGAUUUAAGAAGCCAAUAUGAACAGCUUAUAGAAGAAGGAAAGAAUGAAUGUUUUGAUGAAAAACGUGUCAGUCUUCUAAAGGCUCAAGUACUACAGCUGGAAAGGCAGGUGGUACUACUUACAGAGGGAUUACGCUUUCGAGCUGCUGUUAUGCUGGACUUAAACACUUCUUUGGAAGGUCUUACUGACAAGCUUAGCUCUUUUCUCAGUACUGAAGAAACUGCACCUGAAGUAACCAUUCCAUGUCCUGAACUUCUUCGAAUCAUUGAGACAUGCCAGGCAAUGAAACUCAAACUUCAAAGAAAUCAGCAAGUUUCUGAUCUAUCAAAACUUGCAUUGCCAUGGACUUUUGGAGGGAACCUUGCUAAACAGCCAUUGACACUUUUGGACAUUUGCUAUGGCAAAAUAGAAAAUAUAAAUCUUAGAUAUGUGAGCACUCUUGAAGGAAAACUCAGCAAGCUGUGGAGACACCUGCUUGCCAUGAGGCAAAAUCUGAGUUUCAUGCUUGCCCCAGGACAGAUGUCCUCAGAGGCAGCUCAUCGCAUCCUGCCAACUGCUGUUUAUGCUCGGCUGAUAAAUCAUGUAGCUCGGUGUCAUCAGUCCUUGGAGGAAUGUUGCGGUGAUUUGCUCACGUUGACGCUUCUGGUACCUUCAGCUCCUUGGGAGGUCCUGGAAUGUUCCUUGAGCCAGGAGUUUACAGUGGAGAAUGUGCUGGCAACACUUCCAGCCUUCCCCAAGGGUGCCCCUCAGCAACGUGCUAGAAGGGCAGUAGAAGCCCUGGUAAAGGCUCAAAAUUAUUCCAGGCAAAUGGCAAUGCAACAGAUACUUGCUUUGCAAGCUGAACUUAAUUUUCAUAGAAAUUUCUAUAAUCUCCAAGUUAAGUACACUGAUGCUGUCUUCGAAGGGAUAAAACAAGCAUACCACACAUUUCAAGAUAACGUUGCCAUGGUUCUCUGUUCACCACUACAGGAUGUUCUAUCUUCUUAUGCAAAACUUAAAACAGAAGCUUCAGAGGAUGCUUUGAGAGGCUUUCUCGCUGCUUUUAGAAACAAUGCUGAACAGCUCAAAUAUGCAGUUGAAACUUUGUCUCCACCAGGGAGUCAGCAGUGUGAAGGUGGUGAGGCCCUGUCAAGAUGUGGAAAAGAGUUCUUCCUAUCUUUGGAACGUUCACUCAAAGCCUGUGGGGAACAACGGGAUAAAGCAGCAAGAGAAAUUGAAACCUUACAAGUAGAAGUGGAUCAGGCCUUAGAGACUCUUCAGAAUUUAAGGGAACAGAAGAUAAAGAAAGCAGAAGCUAUGCGGCAUGUUUCCAAGCCUGAGGAUGGCAGGACAGAAGGAAUAGAAGCAAAUGUCUUAAAUGCACUUUCACCAAACAAGUCUGAUACUAAUUCCACACCCACAUUUCUUCCACAGAGAUACAGUUCUUCUGUUGUAAAGAAAGAGUCUACCUUUCCUUCCAAACAGAAGCUAGAAUGUUCCAGUGGUUUGACUAUACAGCAGAAAGGGAAGCUUCUCCAUCGGAGCAAGAGUAUGAAGGCCAGUAAAAGGCCAUCUUGGCAUGAUUAG